AGGCUUCAGCAAAGCAAAAAUGUCUGCCUAAGGGAAACUCGUAACUGAUAUAUAUAGAGGAUAUUUUCACACCUAUUGCUGUUUUAACUCACAUUUCGCCGCUUUGAGGCGCGUUUCCAGAAAGUGACUCUUCACCAGAGCACCCUAGUCGGGAUUUUAAUCGGAAAACAGGUUUCUAGAUCGCCAGGAUGAAUCCUCAGCAGCGGAUUGCCGCUCUUGGAACAGACAAGGAAUUAAGUGACCUGCUUGAUUUUAGUGCGAUGUUUUCUCCACCUGUAAACGGAGGGAAAAAUAGGCCUACCACACUCGGAAGCAGUCAGUUCAGUGCAUCAGGUAUGGAUGAGCGGACCAACCAAGCGUCUUGGGCCCCAGGUGGCGAGUCCAGUCCUUCCUAUGAGUCCUCCCGGGGUUUCGCAGACAGCCCUCAUUACAGCGAUCAUUUGAGUGACAGUCGAUUAGUGUCCCAUGAAGGAUUGUCUCCAACACCUUUUAUGAACUCAAACAUAAUGGGUAAAUCAGAGCGGGCUUCGUUUCUUGGCUAUGGGAGGGACCCUGGAGCAUCUGGCUGCCAGUCUUCUGUAAGGUCAGACGUCGGGUUGGCGAGUCCUACUUCAGUGACUACGUCAGGGAAGUCAGCAGCUCCGUUCUACUCCUUCAACGCGGCCAAUCCUAGAAGACGUCCUCUACAAGAUCCUCCACCCAUUGAUCCUCUACAAACAAAAAAGGUUCGCAAGGUCCCUCCUGGCCUGCCUUCAUCUGUGUAUGCACCAUCUCCAAACUCAGAAGACUUCAACAGAGAUUCUCCUUCUUACUCUUCUCCUAAACCCUCCAGCAGUAUGUUUGCAAGCACUUUCUUUGAUGGUACCCACAGUUCGUCUGACCCAUGGAAUUCAUCCAAUGGUAUCAGUCAGCCUGGUUAUGGGGGAAUGCUCGCAGGAUCUUCAUCUCACAUGCCACAGUCAGGAAACUACAGCAGCCUGCACUCACACGACCGUUUGAAUUAUCCUGCACACUCAGUCUCUCCAGACAUCAAUGCCAGUCUUCCUCCCAUGUCCAGCUUCCACCGAAGCAACACCAGCACUUCACCAUUCGUCACCGCGGCACACAACUCCUCCGUCAACACAGCCGACGGGGUCAUGGCUGCUCCAAAUCGGGGGACUGCCACUGGAAGCUCACAGACUGGAGAUGCACUGGGCAAGGCUUUAGCCUCGAUUUACUCACCUGACCACACUAGCAGUAGUUUUCCAUCCAAUCCGUCGACACCUGUGGGCUCUCCUUCACCUCUGACAGCCACAGCAGGUGCUGCCUCAGCAGGUACCGUGGUGACUGCUGCCGGCACCCCGUCUGGAAGGCCAGGUACCAACCAGUGGCCCCGUGCUGGUGGACAGACGCCCUCCUCUCCGAAUUAUGAGAACUCCCUUCACUCAUUGAAAAACAGAGUUCAUCAGCAGUUACAUGAGCAUCUCCAGGAUGCCAUGUCUUUCUUAAAGGAUGUCUGCGAGUCUCGAAUGGAGGAUCGUCUGGACAGAUUGGAUGAUGCAAUCCUCGUUCUGAGGAACCAUGCAGUGGGCUCCACCACCAGUCUGCCCAGCGACAUACACAGUCUGCUGGGACAGGCGCAAAAUGGGCCAAUAACAGCCAUUGGGCCAAACUUUCCUGCCUCUGCAUUGGUUCCAGGCCGGACUGCAGCGAUGCAGGGAGGUGAUGAUGCUGCCAGCCUGAACAACAGCCACGGAGGUCUGCCCAGCGCCGGCUCCACGUCCAGCACAGAGCUCAACCACCAAGUGGAAACAUUCAGAGCCCUCGCUUCAGGCCUGGCCGGACAGCUACCGUCCACCUUGGAGCUGAAGGUGGAGAAGCAGGACAAAGACGACAUGCACGACAGCCUCUCCGCCGACGACAAGUCAGAUGACGAGAGCGACAAAAGAGAUAUGAAGACACCCAGAGCAGGCCCACGCACAAGCUCCCACAGUAUCACUGAAGACGAGGACCUAAACCCAGAGCAGAAGGCUGAACGAGAGCGUGAGAGGAGGAUGGCGAACAACGCCCGCGAACGCCUGAGGGUGCGAGACAUCAACGAGGCCUUUAAGGAGCUGGGUCGUAUGUGCCAGCUGCACCUGAAAAGCGAGAAGCCCCAGACUAAACUGCUCAUCCUCCAUCAGGCUGUGGCCGUCAUUCUUAGCUUGGAGCAGCAAGUCAGAGAGCGGAAUUUGAACCCCAAAGCAGCCUGCCUUAAGAGAAGGGAGGAGGAAAAAGUGUCCGGAGGCUCCAGUGACGCCCAACAAGGCCACACAGGAGUCCAUCCAGGCCUGACCGACACAUCCAACCCCAUGGGCCACCUCUGAGGCAGAGACAGGUCAAAGUGAUGCAGAUCAUUUCUGUCCCGUUUGAGUCGGUGACCUUGCUUCCCAGUGACAGACAGGACUCACAGUUUGUGACACCAAUUGGAGGAGACAGACCACUUGAAGCAAAACUACGAGUCUAACACAAUCCAAUCCGAAGAUUGAAGAAGAGCCAAGCGUCCAGCUCCCUGCGACCAUCUGCAAAUUUCUCCCCUACAAGAAAAAUCUUCAGCACAUAUCACUGUCUGCAAGAAGUGUGUUGCUUCUGAACAAUCAGACUUCGCAAUCUCCUCCAACCGUAUGUGGAAAUUGCCUCGUGCCUAAACUGAAUUGACGAAUGCAUUGUAACAGCAAUUGUUUUUGUUUGUCUUUCUUUUUUUUCCUAUUUAUUAUGUUAAUGAGCUAUAAAGUGUAUGUCUAAAGGGAAAGGUUGGUAAAUUCAAAGAGAAGCAUGCGGCUUUUCAGUUGACCUAUAGUUUGCCGGUGUCACCGUUAAAACUGAGCACUCCACCCUGAGAAGUCUUUGGCGAGUCCGAGAUGAGGGAAAACAUUUGGGCACUGAGAAGAUUGAGAUUAAUUUAUUGGCCAGUUUAGAGUGAUAUUUAUACCCAACUGAAAAUUAUGUUUAGCUGUUAGAACUGAAAGACUAAAGCGGCCCCCCCCCCCCCUUUUUUUUUUUUUUUUUUAAAAGAAGAAUGUAUUAUUUAUAUUUAUAUUUUAUUCAUUCUGCCACUGGCCACAUAUAACCAAAACCUACCUAUGUUUGUUUCUGCGUAGUUUAGAUCAGUUUCUGUGCUACUGAAAAGUAGGAAAACAGGCCCAACUGCAUUGGCAUCAAUAUUGUCUACAAAAGGUGACAGACGAAUGGCAGACUGUAGUUUUUCUGAAAGCUCAGAUUUAGUUGUGCUUUUUUUGUUUUCUCGCUAGUGAGCAGUGAAAAUACAGAGGGGAAACUAUUUGCGAACCUUAGCAUUCCCUGCAUAUGUUUAGUGUCUUAACUGAAGGAGGAAAGGACUUCACUGCCCUUCGGUUCCUUUGCCAUAUAGUGUUAAACGUGCGCAGUGACAUAUUUUUGCGGAUUCUUGUCUACACUCAGCCUCCUGACGGUUACAUCCUGAUGUCAGCACUGAAUGGCUUGGUUUUUUUUCGUCAUUUUUCUGCCACCAGCUAAUCACAAGAUUGCUUAAUGAAGAAGUAGUUUAAAAAACGAAAAAACGACGACCACACUUUCUCCUGGCCUGAUGAACAUAUCAGUUUUUCUUUCUGUUAAUAUCUCAAGACGUUAAAUUUUAAGCGCAGUUACUCUGAGUAAAAUUUAGUUAUGCUUAUUUGUGUUGUAACAACUCCUUUCUUUAGACUUCCAGCAUUAUAAUGUCCAGUUUCCGCCAGCAGAGAGAACUUCUGGGUGACUUUUCAAUGAUGUUUUGAUCGAAGUUGUGAUAUACUCGAUACAGAAAGUCAGAUUAAACAUUUCAUGGAUUUCGCUAAAUAUCAUUGAACUGUAGCAUGACUAUGAACAAAAGCAGUUAACAGGAUUUUUCUUUUAUAUUUCAAGACAUCUGUCAUAGCUUUAUUUUGUUUUUCCCUAUCAGUGUGCAUGCUUUCUCCUUUUAUUAAGUCUUUGGUCUUAAGACUUGCUUUAUAUUCCAUUUAUUUCUUUGUAAAUUGUGUUCUAUCAUUAUCCACACCUUAAACAAGGCUGCCACAUUCAGAAGAGUGUUCUGUACGAUAAAAGGACUUAAAUUAGAAUAAAGAAUGCCACGACGAGAGUUUAUAUUAAAGAUUUCACAACUUUAUUUUAGCGAAGAACAAAAACCUAAUCAAUUUUUGUGUAUUCUCGGACUGAAUGUGGCCUUGUUCUUCAUUUCAGUAUUCAUGGUCUUGUAUUCAUGUUGGCAGACUUUGAUUGAGGGUAUAAUGUACGUCACUUCCGGCUCUCUUUCCUUCAUUUUUCUUUUCUUUUUUUAAAAAAAAAAAAAAAAAAAAUUCCCGUUCUUCCUAUGUUUCUUUGCUCCUCUGUUUGCCAAGUUAGACUUUGCUGUAUUCCCAGAUGCUUUCCCUUGUAUAAUAUAUGAAAAAAAAGAAAAUCAAAAGAAAAAAAAACAUUUGGCUUAUUUUUCACUGUAGUUAGUCUUUUAUACAAUAAUACUGUAAGAAUAUUUCUUGAAUUCUAAAUAUUACUCUUUCUAGAUUUUUGAAAGCAAAAGUUUUGAGUAAAAAGUUUCUUACUUUAUUUUACUAUAUUAGAUAGUAAAAUGUACGGUUAUUUACCAUAACCUGUCCAUUAUUACAAAAAAUUUACAAAUGGCAUCUCAAGAACACAGCUGAACUGUUGCUCGUAGUCUCAGACUUCAAAAGGUUUUGCACGAGCUCCAGAUUCCUAAAAAGUGCGACCUCCGUCUUAUUCUUCAGUCUCCGUUGUUGAUUGAUAAAAGAUUUGUUCUUGUGUCAAAAGGUAUUGUCGACGCACAUCAAAAAACUGCGGCAACGAAAAUUAGAAUUUUCUGUCUUUUUCAACAGAAAAACACAAUGUAUAUAACAUUUAUGUUGCAAUAAAUGUGCCAUCUUUUUUUAAACUCAAUUGUAUGUGCAUUUAUUUCUCUCACCAAGCAAACACAUUUGUUUCCGUCUCUCCAUAUUUACAUUUUUGCCUCUGUUGUCUUGUUUUUUUUGUUGUUGUUGUAAGAAAUGCACAGUAGAGAUGAAGCAGGAUGAGCUCAGAAACGAGGGGGUUGCUUUCGACUUUUUUUUGGUUUUUGUUAUUUGAGACAUUUCUACAGUGGAUUUAGGCCAAAUGAGUGUUUUAUAGUAUGUAUCUCUUUUUUGAAAAUAAUACCAGUGGACCAUUGUAGUCUGUAUGAAAAGUACUAUGAAUAUAUGUUUCUAUUUUUAAUAAAGUGUGAUAGCAGCGUA